GGGGGCGCGUGAGUAGCAAGCAGGUUCCUCCGCGUUCUCGCGAAUAAUAUUCAUCAUUGGGGCUUCGUUCACCGAUCACGGAAGACACCCCUCCUACUUCCGUGAGAAGGACCAAAUCGCUUUCCGCGUUGUCUAGUUAAUUGAAUUAUUUGAUUUUUUCGCAAUUUCCACAAGCUUGGAAAUUUUCAUAUUCGCAUUAAUUACGCGGCUCUACCGGGGAUAAUUCAAUUGUUUUCGUGUCGAACACGUUCAAUGCCCAUCAUGAUUAACGUCUCUGAUAGCGGAACCUGUUUCAUCGUCAAUCAAAUGAGUGCAAUGAGGGUGACAAAUUAUUAGUGACGAGAGUGAGCAAUGUGAUCGUGAUUUAAGGUGUGCGCCAGAAUAGUUUGAAAAAGUGUAGAUCAAUAGAUAUCACCGAUUAGAUGUGGAAUAAGCGAACAUUCGACUGCGUAUGAAGGUGAGGGGCCUUCACUAGAAUGGAACAUCUGCGAAAUGUAAUAACUUGACAAUCGGAUAUUUAUACUGUGAAGAUCCAACGUUUAGCUCCAACCCCUGCGAACGAGCUUUGAAGCUGAGAGUGCCGAAAAAAUUUUUUGGCACAUACGCUAACAAACGACAAGCCCGAAGUCCGGCGGGUCAAACGUUGCGGGGAUAAUCAUCGGUGGAAAAUUCCGGAUUACCAUAAUAGUCACGAGCAAAGACAAAGAGACAAUUGUUGCAAAACACCAAUUAAGGCAACGAAUCAAGAUCCUUUAAGCUCGGAACAAAGUGGAAUGUCCGGAAAUAAAAUGCAGGACUUCGUUAUUCUCGAGGUCGGUCCUCCUGGUGAUACGUGGAGAUACAACAUCGACCGUGAAAAGUUUGCUGAGAAGUCUGAAUGGUUUCGAGCUAUGCUGCUCGGAGGCCUAGCGCCCCCAGCAAGCGACCCUCCACCCAUGGUGCCUCUUAACCACGUCGACAAAAGGGCAUUCGAUCAUCUCCUAACAUAUUUACGGGGCGAACCGCUGAAUUUUCACUCAGUAUCGACGGCACGGUCGACAUUAGACGUGGCUCACGAGUUACUCUGUCCCGAAUUAGCCUGCCUUGCGGUUGAUUACAUCACCGCAAAUCUCAGUACUUCAACAGUCCUCGGAGUUUAUCACGGCCUCAACCUUUAUGUCUCAGACGAAAUAUUAUUGUCAGAUGAAAGCAGAGUACCGAGAACAUCGGCCGCUCCAAAACGUGACAUUGAUAAAAUUGCGAUUGCCUGCUCGAGACUUUUGUCAGCGUGUCACAACGUCAUCGAUGCCUCACCUGACGAAGUUUUACGACAAGAAAAUUUCGAAGAACUUAGCGUCAAUGAAGUCGCCGAGCUUGCUUCGAGGGACGAGCUCAAUCUUCUUCACGAAGGAAUUUUAUUCAGUGCGCUGGAAAAAUGGGCCGUUUGUGAAUGCAGGAGACAAGGCCUUGAGCCUACGUCGUCUAACAAAAGAGCCGUACUCUACGACGAAAUUUGGUACAGCGUGAGAUACCUUCUCAUGACCAGUCGCGAAUUCAUCGAGGGUCCGAUGCGAAGCGGUAUUUUAUCACCCGACGAGUGCGCCAGUAUCACGCAUCGUAUUCUCGGUCACGACGCAAAAAAUUCAACCGAACAGAACCGAAAUUUACCAAUGAUGAGCCAUCUGACGACUGCCCCGAGGAAUCGGAAAGGAAAUAGCUUCGAUAAUAACUCUGGUAUGAAACCAGGGAAAAAAGAGCGGGAAGAUAAUAAACGAAAUAGAAGAAAGGAAUGUGUGAGUCAGGGUCAAAAAACGUGCGCACGAAUAGGCGACUGUAUAGUGCGAGUACUGGCUUGCGUUUUUGAUUGAUGUAAAAUAAGUAUGUCCAUAAUGACUGCAUUAAUGACAAAUGAAUUCUCAUGUGAAAACAAAAUAUGAACCUACACUGAAUGUGCAAUACGAAGUAAUAAGCUGCUGUGGGAGCCGAUAAGGAUUGCAACAAGUUUUGAUAUUUAGUUUUACCGAAGUCUCGCAAUGUCAAUAGGACUCUUGAAAAGCCUUUUCUUACACCUUUUUUACGCGAAAUAGUUUUUUUCCAUUUCGAACGAAUGCGUUUUUUUUUUAAAAGUCGUACUUUUGAAUUUUCAAUCGUUCGAUUUAUGUACCAUUGCGAUGUUCUAGACAUUUUUUACAGACUAAUAUUUAACAAAUGAGUGUAUACUGAAUGAGAUUUUGGCACUGAAUGGGUUACCGACAAGCUGAGAAGGUGCUAAAACAUCAUUUUUUAAAUCACAUUUUUGAGCAAGUCAAGUGAAACGAUUGAAAAAUAGAGCGAAUAAUGGAUUCGACACAAGAUCGUCAAGAUGAGCAAACGCUUUCCAUUUUUUGAAAUAAUCCUUUAUCUCAAUUUUUAUAACUAAUGUUUUAGUUAAACAAUUCUUAAAUUAGAACAAAAAGUGGAGUCUUUUGCUACCAUCAAGUUAGUUACCGGUGCGCCGCUCUUCAACUUUAUGUGCCAUGUAAGCUUGCGACUAUGGCAACCCUCAAUACAUGCAUUAAGAUACUUUUAUUCGAAUAAUUACUAUGUUUUAAUUGUGGCAACGAACUAUAUCGAAAUAAUGGGAGUAAAUCCAAUGUGAAAAAUCAUAAUUUCGUUACAAUCGACGUUACAAUGAAAGCUUUAUAUAAUUUCUCGAACAAAAGUCUCUUAGUGUGAAAAAUCUUCCUUGGCAACUAAACGCGUUCAUUUAUAAUAACGUGGGAGAUUACAGAGUAUUUGGAAAAAUGUACUUUUUGGUGUAAACGAUUUGAACUUUUCUGCGUUUCCAUGUGCCAACCGUCGUAAUUUCAAUGUCAGCAUCGUGAUCACUAUUAUUAUUAUCAUUGUCACUAUUAGUAUUACUAUUAUUAUUGCUGUUACCGUUGUUGUUGUAGAAAAGUCUUUUAUUGCUGAAUGUUUUAGUGCGAAUAUCUAGACAGCAAAAGUUCCAUUACAAUUUGAUGAUUGAUUGGUGAUUUUACAUACACAAUCAUUUCGGUCAUGUAACUCUUGCUGAAAAUCAAUGACAUAAUUAUUCGACGACUCUCUCAAUUGUUUUAAUGACGUGUGAGUACUGAAGAUUAGAGAAAAUAUGUUAAUGCGUAGUUAAAAUUCAAAGGAGGGAAAUCAGAGCGCGGUUAAGCCUCCGAAUAGUAUAAUUUGUUUUACUAUUAGACAUAAUUUUCUGCUAAAAAUCUGAGAUGUUUAUGAAGUUUUUAACGUUCCAUCGAUAUUGGAUCACGUUUUAUAAAAAUGAAUUCUAUUUUCAUUCAAUUUAUAUUUAUAUUCACAUAACUUCCGUCGUCUGGAUAUGAGGAUGAAACAGUAGACUAGUAACAUUUUGUUAUUUGACGAUAAUUAUUUAUACGUAGGCACCGUUUAAUUUGAAAGUUAAACAGGCUGUCCAUGCUGUUAAAUGUGCGUCUCCGUUAAUCUGUUUCAACGCCGUUAAAAUGCAACGGAAAUAUUUCUUUUAUAAACAAUUUUCUUGAUUUUUUCUGAUGCACCGAGAAAUGUCGUACAAUUACGCGUGAGUCGGCUCACUCGAUUCGUGAGCAAAAUCUUUAAAUAUACGGACGGUGAUAAAAAACUGUAUGCAUUUCAGUGGUGUAAACAUUAACGUUGAAAUAAAACUAAAAAACGAUUUCAACAUUUCGGCAAUCAGACGAACUUUUCAUUGAUUGCCACAACUCUGAUAUUCCUGUGCGAAAAUUUGAAUAUUCCUCAUUUUUAGGGUUUCGGAGAAGUUAAAUUUUCUGAUUAAAUAUUCAGAAAAAAAUGUCCAAGCCACUCUGCUUUUCCAUCAGCUUCUUCGAGAUAGCGGUUUGAAAACCGAAAGGUAGCGUUCGAUGGAAAUUUAUAGAGAAAAUGUAACAUGUGCUCGAUUAGAAUUUCGUCAUCAGUAAUCUUGCUUAUUGCAGAAAAAACAAACAACGAGACAAGGAGACGAAAUGAUGUGUACGUGAAAUAGUCGGAAUUGUGAAUACCGUAAAAAAUGUUUGAUACACAAAUAAACGUUUGUUAAUACACGUGUAAUCAUGAACAGAAAAUAAAUACAGAUGUUUAUUUAAUUUAA